GAAAGUCAUCAGGCGGAAAUGCGCGGCUCUUCACUAGCGGUGCGCGUGCUGUGCCUGCUGUCGCUCUCCUGCGCGUGCUACAUCCAGAACUGCCCGCGCGGGGGGAAGCGCGCCUCCGCCGAUCCAGCUCUCAGACAGUGUAUAGCAUGUGGUCCCAGGGACAGGGGCCGCUGCUUUGGUCCCAGUAUUUGCUGUGCAGCAGGUUUAGGCUGCUCUGUGGGCUCUCCUGAAGCGGCAAGCUGCAUGGAGGAGAACUACAUUCCCACUCCAUGUGAGAAUGGAGGAAGAGCAUGUGGAUCUGAGGGGGGGCGCUGUGCUGCUCCAGGUGUCUGCUGUAACUCAGAGAGUUGUGUUCUGGAUUCUGGCUGUUCAGAAGACAGCAGGCAUAAGGAGAGCAGAAGGAAGAAGGAAGAUGGAAGCACUGUAUUGAGCAGUAUUUCAACAGGAGAGAUGCUUUUGCAUCUCCUCAGCCUGGCUACUGUGAAGCAGAGAGAAGUUCAGCAGUUCAGAGACACUUGAUUAUUUGUAUUAACAUACAAAAACCUAACACAAAGCCUCCUCCUACAUAUUUUACUGUGUAUUACGUUACCAUUUAUUGUGAUGAACUGUACAGUUCUUCAUAGGGUUAAGUGUGUAAAUAUGUAGUUAAUAAAUAUUUCUUGCACUGUAACAUGAUAAGUGUGUUUGCUCCUGUAUUCUUUUUUUUCUUGUACACUCCUUUCUGCUACUUCUAACCGUUUCUUCUGACGUGCUAGUCAUUCGGCUUCUGGUAAUUUCUUAUUCAUUCUCAUUCAACUUUAUUGUUCAAGAAACAAGAUUAACCACUGUCAAUAAUGAUUCACUGUCACGACAGAUUUCUUCCCAGGAUGUAACAAGCCUGUGUCAACAAUAAU